AUGGUGAUCCCUCCUUCAAAUGGCUCAGAGCGCAUCCUCACUCUUAACCUUGCAACAUCAACGGGGAAGGCAAACAUAAUUAGUGCUUAUGCCCCAACACUCCACUCUCCUCAGGAAAUAAAAGACCGGUUCUAUGAGGAGCUCGACGCCACCAUCAGCCAGAUACCAGGGUCAAAGCCCAUCUUCCUUCUGGGCGACUUCAACGCAAGGGUGGGAUCCGAUCAUGGGGCAUGGCCAGAUUGCCUUGGACGCUUUGGCGUGGGGAAGGUGAAUGAGAAUGGCCAGAGACUGUUGGAGCUUUGCUCUUACCGGAAACUCUGCGUUUCCAACACAUUCUUCAUGACUAAGCCGCAUCACCAGGUCUCAUGGAGGCACCCAAGGUCCGGACACUGGCACCAACUGGACAUGGUCAUCACCCGGCGAGCCCACCUCGGCAGUGUGCUUCUCCCACGCAGCUACCAUGGUGCUGACUGUGAUACAGACCACUCUUUGGUGUGCAGCAGGGUCCGAUUGGCCCCAAAGAAAAUCAACCGUCCCGUAGGGAAAAGUCGCCCACGCAUCAACACCGCCAGGACAACCAACCCCGAUCUCCGCUCGGAAUUCACCAACCGCAUGGAGGAGGCCCUUAAAGAUCACGCAGCCACGUCCAUCGAGGACAGAUGGCAGAUUAUUCGCGACACCACUUGCAGAAUAGCCAUGUCAUCCCUAGGAAAGAGGGAGCGGAGAAAUCAAGACUGGUUUGAAGCUCACCUGCCUGAGAUGGAGCCUGUCAUUGCUGCCAAGAGGGAAGCACUGGUCAACUAUAAGCGCGACCCAUCAGAAAAGAACCUGACUACUCUGAGAACAGCCAGAAGCGACGCCCAGAGGACGGCCAGAAUUGCGCCAACAUCUACUGGCAGAACUUAUGCCAGAACAUCCAGUGCUGUGCUGACAGUGGUAACGUGA